UGAAUGUUGACUCAAUCCUAUCUAGUAACUACCUACCGUUGACUCAGUUCCCACUACAUCGGUCCAGUCAGUUCGCUCAAAUCACCCAUCCUUAACAACUUUGAGAUAACCAAAAUAUUUUUCCGUCCCAAAUCUGACUCUUUCCGCCAUCCACUCACUCAUCAGCCAACCUCGCCUCCCUACCCAAAUCUACCCAGGAUGGCAGCAGUCUCCUCGCCCGAGCAAAACAUGAUCCGCAGCUACGUGACAAUCAGCCUGCUCAUCAUGAGUCUCACGAUGCGUCUCGCGCAGCUCCUCCACACCCACGCCACAGUCGGUCUCAAUGUUCCGCUUGUGCUACUUCCCGCAUUGUCCUUGCUCGUUACAUGGAUCGGAUCCUUGAUAGUCUUCGGUGGUGGCAAUCUAGCUCCGCUCUCCAGCCCGACCAGAAGUCGAUCGCUUAUUCUUGCGCUCGCGGCGGCGGACCUCGCGCUGGCCUACUUGAACGCCCGACAGCCUAAUGCGUCGGCGCUGGCCUAUAUCUCCUGUAUUGUGUCGUUGUUUCAGUUGGGGCUGGACUUGGGACUGUUCAUUUGGAUAAGGGACUGAAUCUGUACCGGCGGGUGGACUGUAUGCGAUGAGAGGGGUUGCCCUUGGCGCUUAUAUACUGAACGGAGUUUUGCUUUGCUUCUACAUAUACGCUAAAAUGAGGAAGUGUUUCAAGGGCGCGUGGGCGCAACUUAGCUAGGCCGGAUGGAUCUAUGGAGGAA